AUGUCGAACGAGGGGACCAUUGCGUUGAACAACCACCUGCAAACGAAGAACAAGGCCAAUCUGCUGAGCUGGGAGGAAUCUACAAUCGGCCCUCGACAUGAGCCCACGUGGACUUGCGUCUGCAAAAUUGACGGUCAGGAAUAUGGACGUGGAACCGGGCUCUCCAAGCAGACCGCGCGAGCUGCUGCCGCGAAGGUCGCUCUAGAGCGGCUCAUCGAAUCCGAGAGUAAAGCUGAAGCUGAAGCUGUAGACAACGAUGCAGGUGAUCAUGGCGAAUGAUCGCGCUCAUAGGAACUCAUCC